AUGGGUGAUGCUGUCUGGGCACACAUGGAAGUGCUUUCGAUCUUGAUGACGACUCAUAGGAGGAUGAUGGGGGGAGUGGAUGGAGUUCCUGUCGAGAUUGGGAAGUGGGGACUGAGGCAUGGGCUAACAGGUUUUGGGCUUCCUGGACACCCUCCAUGGCCGGAGGCAAAGGAGGGCGACGGUGUUCUGGCGCAUAGGAACACUCUACAGCCGUACAGUGAUCAUAUCCGGCGGUCCGCUGUCCUGGGCGGUUUGUGGGACGAGAGGAAUGAUGUGAGACUUCCCGGGUUAAAGGCAACCUGGGAGGCACCCAACAUGCACACCGUUGGGCUCGAUGAACUGGACGUUCCUGAUCCUCUCACACCUCGAAAGGACAGCGUAAAUCCCACCGCAGCCCUGGAGGUCCCCUCCUUGGUGUGCCUGAGCAUUGACGGGGAUAAGGGCUUCGUCGAAGGGGAGAUCAAGUUCGUCGACGAAACCCUCGACCAGAACGAGAGUAGAGGCGAGAGAAGGCUCCUCUUCUUCCGCCCAGUCGUUCUCACUAAAGAACUCUUCUGGUUCAGAAGAGACCCCAUCAUCAUCCUCCAGCGGGCAGAAUGGAUGUCCAGCGAGUCUCAGCAGGAUAUCUCCAUCCUCGUCACCUUCCCUCCUGACUGUCUCAGCUCCGGUCUGGUUGCGGCACACCGAACCUUGGCCACUCCCAUCCCGGAAGCUUGGUCCCAAGUCGGAACAUUCGGAGACCCCAGAUUCGCUCCGAUAUCCCGACGGACCUCCGACAUCCCGUGA